AUGGAUUACGCCUGCACACCGAUGAAUGUAAACAGUUGCCAUCAAUUCAUUGAACGAGUGCCUGUGGUCGACCCCCAUCACCAACAAAGUCGACGUGCAAGUCUAAUUGUCUGCAGUUCGACCUAUCACGGAUCGGAGAUUCGUGCAGCACCGUCUGCAGUGAUAGAGAAAAUCGACUGCACGAAAAGGAAGCUGCUUAGACGGCUUCUUGCCUACCUUUGGGGUGGGGUACGCCACAAUGAAGAUCUAUACGCGGAAGUCGAUGUGAUGUACCUGCGAAUGACACAGAAAAGUCAACAUUUGACUCCGCCGUCGAAAGUGGCCACAGAAGACCGUCUUCGGUUCUUCGGUCACAUUAUGUGGAGACCGACUUGUCCAAUGUGUUCUGAGGAUUCUCCCAGAUUUAAAUUGGAAGAAGUCACCUGGCCGGAAAAGGAAGUUCUAGUGAAAAAGGACUUGAAGACACUCGGCGUGGAUAGGCAAUUCAGGUGA